AUGCACCCACACCUACCCAUGCCCACCUACACUCACACCUACACUUACACAUGCACUCACAUCUACACCCACACAUUCAUCCCCAAAUAUAUCUACACCUACACCCACACCUACACCCCGCACCUACACCCCACACCUACACCCCGCACCUACACCCACACCUACACCUGCACCUGCAAAUACACCACACUUUCUGAAGCGAAAAAGGCCCAGGAGAGGCUGAUCCAGGAAUCCCUCUCCCAGUCGACAGAGACCAGCGUGGAGGAUGAGGCGAAGCUGCCUGAGUCAUCGCAGCUGUUACCAUCUUCUUCCCCAGCAGCACCAAAAGACAGUGAUGAAAUUACAAAUGAGAAGAGAGAUUUGAAAGAUGUUAAUGGGUGUGACGGUGAAGGUAGUUCAGCUGCUGAUGCGGGAGAAGAAGAACUCAAGGGUGAUUCUCUGAGUGCAAGUGAAGGAUUACAGUCUGCUACAAGGCUGAGUGUGGAUGGAACGGAGGCAGUUGCUGAGCCCCAAGACAAGAAUUCGGAAACAGAGGCCACCCAAGAACCUCCAAACAUCCCGGAUUCAGGAAGAUCCGAGCUUGAACAGGACACAAAAAAUAUGGACCAAGAGAGCACAUCCAACAAGAAAAUAGUAAACACAACACCAACAAUAACAAACAAAGACAUCAAAAAAGUCAUCAAGGACAUCCACGCACUCGACGUCUCUCCGGCAAGAGUGGGAGGCCUUCUGGCCAACCUUGACGACCCUGAGCUGGCCAAGAGGUGCUCCGAACUGGCCCAGGAAAUCAAGAUCAUGGCCCAUCCUGUGCACAAGAUGUCCUUCAGGGAGUACUGCGACCACAUGAUCACCCCAGAGGUGGACUCAGCAGCCAAGAAACUGGUGAUGAUGCUGGUGAAGUUUCAGGAGCGGCAGUAUCAACGUGACCCCAUAAAGGCCAAAAUCAGAAGGAGAUACGUCUGUGGUCUGAAGGAAACGACAAAACUGAUGACAAAGAUGUCUUGUGUCAUUGUGGCUCCAGACAUUCAGCGUAGUAGAGGACCUGGCCUCCUAGAUGAAGUGGUGGCCAAGAUGCUGAACCGGGCGAGAGAGAGCGGUGUGCCCCUCAUCUUCGCCCUCUCCCUGAAGAAUCUGGGGAAGCUGUGCCACAAGAGUGUACCUGUGAGCUGCAUUGGCAUCAUCAAUUACCAAGGAGCUCAGGAUGUCUUCAAUCAGUUAAUGGAGCUAGUACCCGCAGCUAAGGCCAAGUACCAAGCUCUCGUCAACACCGGACUGUGCACUGUACCUGCUGAAGCAGAGGGACUCUCAGAUGAGGAGAAAGAGCCUGAAGGAUCCUCACUGAAAGAUGCCGUGACCUCGUAGUGUGUGAUUUUUAUAAGUAGCGUCAGAAAGCUUGUGUGUGAUAACUGUGAGUGAGUUCAGUUGAGGGGACAGGGGACUCUGGUGGCUGUGACGGGUGUUGACUGUACUUGUUGCCUAUCAAUGGCUUUGCAGGAACUGUAACUGAUGCUUGUAGGUGACUGCAGUUUAAGGCCUGGGAAUGGCUGUGCAUUGAAGAAUUCAUAUGUGUAAGUGAUAUUUUAUUGUCUACAGUUAUAAGUAACUGUGCAGUAUGGAUAGGAAAAAUGCUAUUGAAAUAAGGAAAAUCUUUA